AGCCAAUGCCACUGUCAGCAUCAGGACUGUAGGAACACACCUAGACUCAGAAAACCCUCUGCAACUUCAGCGCCAAGUUUGAGGAUUAUGUAAAUCUUAGUGUUGGGACAGACUGUAGAUUGUGAUUUUAGGAAAUUAGUUUAAGUGACUAAACUUAGACCAUGAACGGACCUAAUGGAAAACACGCCGUGUCUGUCCCAAACGGAUACUCACAGAAACCCAAAGACGCAGAGGAGCGGGGAUACUGGGGAACCAAAGCCGAGUUCAUCCUGACAGUGAUGGGAGCCGUCAUCGGACCAGGGAACGUUUGGAGGUUCCCUUAUUUGUGUUACAGAAACGGAGGUGGUGUGUUCUUCAUCCCAUACAUUCUGUUCAUGUUCACCUGUGGAAUCCCUCUGUUCUUCCUUGAGACUGCACUGGGACAGUAUACCAACCAGGGGGGGAUCACAUGCUGGAGAAAGAUUUGUCCACUUUUUCAAGGCAUGGGAUAUGCCAGUCACUUAAUAAUCGCGUUCAGUGCCACGUCGUACGUCAUCAUCAUGGCAUGGGCGUUUUUCUAUCUGUUUUCAUCCUUUAGUGCGGAGCUCCCUUGGGCUGCAUGUGGACACUACUGGAACACAGCGUCGUGCAUGGACAGGAGCCAAUCAAACAUGAGCCUCAACAUAACAUCCAGGAUCAACACCUCUCUUCCUGUUGUGGAGUUCUGGCAACGCAGGGUUUUGAAAAUCUCUGGGGGCAUCGAGGACGUUGGCAGUUUGAGGUGGGAGCUGGUUUUGUGCCUCAUCCUGACCUGGGUCAUCUGCUACUUUUGCGUCUGGAAGGGCAUCAGGUCCACAGGGAAGGCGGCCUACUUCACCGCCACAUUUCCCUUCAUCAUGCUGUUUGUCUUGCUCAUACGAGGCGUUACCCUACCAGGAGCAGUAGAUGGGAUUCUUUACUACCUCUACCCUGAUAUUUCUCGGCUCUCGGACCCUCAGGUGUGGAUGGAUGCUGGUACUCAGAUCUUCUUCUCAUAUGCUGUCGGCCUGGGGUUCCUAACAUCCCUGGGGAGUUACAAUACGUACAACAACGACUGCUACAAGGACUGUUUCUACUUAUGUCUGCUCAACAGUGCCACCAGUAUAGUAGCAGGUUUUGCCAUUUUCUCUGUGUUGGGUUUCAUGACCUACGAACAAGGAGUGGAUAUUUCUGAAGUAGCAGAAUCAGGUCCAGGGUUGGCAUUCAUUGUUUUCCCACGUGCUGUAGCCAUGAUGCCCAUGCCUCAGGUGUGGUCUGUGUGUUUCUUCAUCAUGAUCAUUCUGCUCAGCUUGGACAGUCAGUUCGUGGGUCUUGAGUGCCUGAUGACGUCAGUGGUUGAUCUGUUCCCUUACCUACGCAGAGGUUUUCGACGUGAGCUGCUUCUGCUGGUUAUCUGCACUGUCUGCUGUUUACUGGGCCUUUCUCUGGUUACCGAGGGUGGGAUGUACCUGCUUCAGCUGAUGGACCAUCACGUCUGCAGCGGUACCACUCUGCUUUUACUCUCAAUGAGCCAAUCCAUCAGCAUCGCAUGGGUCUACGGUGCUGACCGUUUCUAUAACAACAUCACACACAUGAUCGGUUAUCGUCCAUUUCCACUGAUGAAAUACUGCUGGCAAUACAUCACCCCCUUCAUCUGCCUUGGAACCUUCAUCUUCUCCAUUGUCAAAUACAGCCCACUCAAGUUCAGUAACACUUAUGUUUAUCCACUGUGGGCCAACAUCUUGGGCUGGUUUAUUGCUACUGUCUCACUCUCGCUCAUCCCGCUGUUUGUGUUGUAUAAAAUGAUACAGGGAGAAGGCACCAUUCAACAGCGUUUCCUGUCACUCUGCCAACCCCAGGAUGACCUCCCCUUUGCGCACAAAUGUCCGGCUUCUCUGAGUACCAACGGUGCAGCAGCCAAGACCGAACUCAAACCGUUAUCUGACACAGGGGAGCUCACACUGUGAACUCAAACAAAAGUACUUUCUUUAUUCGCUUCAGGAGGAAAUAUUUUCAGCUAAGAAAAAAAAUAUGACUCAAGAGCUAGAGAGAAAGAAUAUAUAUUGCAUUUCAUCUUCCAUGUAAAGUGAAUCUAAACACCACAAAUGUAUUUUUUUUUUUUUGUUUUUAUAAAAAGCAAUAUUGUAAUUUUCAAGAAACAAACCCUGGGUCUCAGUACUCACAAAACCAUACUAUUAAGUUAGCCACAAAAAGGAAAAAGGAGUUAUAGACUGUGUCAAAUGUUGUGUGGGAUUUGGUUGGAGAAUAUUGGCUUAUUAUAGCACAAAAGUAUUUCCUAAUAAUAGUCAGGAAUUCUACUUUCAAGACAUUUUGUCUCAAAAUGUCAAUUUACGAUCUUCUUUCAAGUUGGUUUUGGACUGAAAUCUGGAACAGUGUCACAGUUGGAACUAAAAAUGAGUUAAAUAUAUGUAAAAUGAAGAGGAUGACAAAAAAGAAAAGUAAAAAAAAAAAAAAAUACUACUUUUGAGUAUCAGACGUUUAUUAUGAGACACUAAACUUCACAACAUUAGUAAAAUAUAACUGAGAAUUAGUUUUAUAAGCAAAGUUCAAGAUUACUCUUAUAUUUUAAGGCUUAAACAUAAUGUCUUGUUUCAAGAAUUCUUGCCAAGAGAAUUUUCACUUGUUCCAUUAGCCGAUUGUUUUGCUUAAUACAAAAAAAUAUCUUGUAUUAAUGUUUUUUGUUUUAUUUUUACUUGUUUUUAGAGGAGCAUUUUUUGCAGUGCACAUUACCCAGUUUAUCAUUUUACAGUAAGUAACCCAGCCAGCAUGCUUUUCUGUCUAUGAUUUCCCACAGUACUUUGCAACACAUGUACAUGAACGUGUCAGAGGUUAAUUAUUCAAAGCACAAUGACAAAGUUGUUGUUCAGGUUGUAUGCGUACUUUGUGCAUGACUUUGAAAGGUCUGCUGCAGCAUGCUCUGAAUAAGUAGAUAAAAGAAAGAGUGUGCAAUUUGGGACUAAAACCUCUAUCAAAAUGGCAGGAAAAGUACAUGCACAUGCACAUACACACCACUUGGACAUCAGCUUGCACCAGAACUUUAUCCCUCUUUUUUACGUGUCACAUUUUAACAGUGAAGUAUAAAGUGAAAGCAGGUGAUCGAUAACACAACCACAGCCUCACAGUCCAUGCAGCUUAGGCAAAAAAAAAUUCCUCAUCCGGAUUCAACGAAGCAAAUACCAAUGUUUCAGCUACAAACAUAAUCACCUUAACUGAACUUUUCACUCUCUGAGUCAGGGAGUAAAUUCUAUCCAUCAUUCUAUCCAUUGGUUUGAUAGAGAGAAUAAAGACUGGACUGUGGUCUGAUGAGUCCAGGUUGACCCUGGUCCAGAUUGAUGAACUCAGGGGUACCCAGACAAGACAGGCAGAUGAAGUGAUUACCCAUCAUGCCUGGUGCCUACAGUACUGUGGUGGCAGUGUUGUGUUCAGGGCUUGCUUCAGUUGGUCAGCUCUAGGUUCAGUGACAUUAUGUGUCCAUAAAAUGACAGACAUAAAUGUUGUAAUAUUGCAUAAGCUCAUUGAAAUGAUGUGUGGGACUUUUUUUGACCAGGGCUGGUAUAUAUAGAACAAUAUAUGUAAUGUGUGCUUUCCCUGCUAAAUAAGGUAUACUAUAAA